ACAUCUUUGUGGCAGAGAGCAACAGCACCAACCUGUAUCUGUUUUCCAUCGAAGCAGCGGAUAGUCGUUGGAGCAACUACUCAAAAAUUGGAUAAGAAGCACCAUCUUACCCAAAUUCGUCAACCAAGUUCUUCAUCCACAUCCACAUUUCACAUUCGCAGCCUGAGCCAACAGAGAGCCUUCGUUAUGAUAACAUCGUUUUUCAAAUCGGUAAGGUCGGUAAGAAAUGAUCCGGCUCUCGAUGAAUCGGUAAAGAAAGAGGACUCAAGAGCUGGCAAGGGAAAGAAACCCACGGGAAGAAAGGCUCAAAAUGAAUCAUUUUCGACGGGGAAGACUUUAGUCAAGAAGGUCGGUUUUUUUCAAAAAAGUAACAAAAGAGACAAUGUAUACAAGUGCUUUGCAGACACCAAAUGCUUUUUGCUAACGAGAAAUGCUCUAUCCUCACCGUCACAUAUUCAUUAUUUUGCAUAUCUGGCUUACAGAAACUCGAGAAUGUUUUAGACGAACAAGGCAACCCGGUAUUCUUGAAUGGCGUCGUUAAGAAACAGAAGUACAAUGGGAGCAUAUCCGAUGGCAAGACCUAUACCAUCCAAUGGGAUGGUGGAGCUCCAGUAUCUAAUUGGAGCGAGUCGGAGGUCGCCUGGGGAGUCGUACUGUUCGAAUCAAUUGGUCUCGAGAUUUCGAAGGAAUUCGGCAAGGAUGGGAUCUUUCAAGGCAUAGUAGUGGAUGUUUCUAGGGACGACAGCGAAAGUGAGGGCGAGGGUGAUGUGCUCUAUAGGAUCAAUUACGAAGAUGGAGACUCCGAAGACUUUGACGGUGCAGAUUUGCGGGAGGGAAUCCAGCUCCAUGAAAAAGUGACGGAGAAGCCCAAGCGAAAACAGGCCAAGAUUGCCAUCAAGGAUGAAAUAAAAGAAGAAAAAAAAGAUGAUGGUGAAACCACGGAGGUGACAAAAGGAAGAAGGCGCAGCAGGGGUCGGGUGAGCUACGCAGAAAUAGACGAGGAUUUCAUGGAUCUAGAUAGUGACGAGGAGGAAAUCAAGCAAAAGCGAAAGCGUCUAAAACCUUCAAAGAAGAAGAAGAUUGCAGAUUCAGAAGAUGACGACUUCGAAGCACCCGUCGAAGAUCAAGCCGACACAGACUUGGACGAUGAUAUGAUGGUUGACGACGACGAUUUCGAAGAGGAAAAGACGUCGCGAUCGAAACCAACGAGGAAAAAUACAAAAACGAGCUCCAGAAAAUCAACAAAAAAAGCAGAAGACAAAAAAUGGGCAAGCAAUAAAUCUACCGGCAAUAAAUCGAUCACCGAAGAGUUUGAGGAACGACUGGAAACCGAGCGGAAACGUGUAAAACCCAACAAUAAUCCUCAGAAAUGGCCCGAGAAGGGGUCCUACGUUGACCCCGUCGGAGUCGACCCGACGCAUGGUAUUGUAGAGAGAAUUGUCUCGGAUCAAGUGCGGAAGGUGGGCGGGCUGCUACAAAAUGUGAGGUUUCAACAAGGGCAAAAACAGAAGGACGAGUCUGAGCUCUCUUACCCAAUCCGGUUGCAGACGGCAUGCUCUGGGACUGACGCUCCGUCAAUUGCUCUGGGACUUAUCAAAGAGUCGCUUGCAAGAAUUAGCUCCAAAAGCGAGGAGAAAAGUGACCAUUUGUUCAACUACGAGCACAUGAUGUCAUGUGAGAUUGAGCCUUUCAAGCAAGCAUACAUUGCAAGAAAUUUUCCGGGGACGCCACUCUUCCCUGAUAUCACGAAACUGUCGGCAAUUGACGAAAGCGGCUCUGCUGAGAAAGUCAUCGAUGUUUAUGGCAGACCCCAAAGCAUCCCAGAGGGAGAUCUUUUUGUUGCGGGGACUUCAUGUAAGGAUUUUUCGAUGCUGAAAACAACUAAAAGAAAAGAUAUCCAAGAUAAGGGGCAGAGUGGAGAAACAUUUCUUGCCGCUGUGGAAUUUCUUGAUCUAUACCAGCCACCUUUCGCAAUAUUUGAAAAUGUGGAUGGCGCCCCUUGGGGUAAAAUGCAAGAGUAUAUCCAGGGCCGUAUUUAUCUACCCAAUAGAAAUUACAACAAAGCCAUUACGUCAACGAAAAGGAAAACUAGUAAGUAUCAUGUUGGAAUAUUGAUUCGAAAGAUGUGACUGAAACUAAAAAUUGUUGUGCUGCGAUUUUAAUGAUAGAUGCGGACGAAGAUCUUGUUUUCAUAGUUAACGACAAAGGCCGAUACGAAGCUAAAGCCAUACCUCCACAAGUGGGCAUGAAAGCUGGAGAUAUUGUUCAAGGUUUUGUGAAAGAAGGAGCGGUCUCAUCAGACGUGAUUCCGUUGCUGUCAGAAGAGAACAGCGCUGGCAAAGAAUUUUCUUUGGGACAACUCGCAAAAAAGCACAAGAUCAAGCUGGAUAAGGACACAUUAGUUCUUGAGAAAAAAGCCAGAUAUUGCACCCAUCUGUGCAAGCUCGAUACAAAGGCAUAUGGUCUUCCCCAAACGAGACAGCGAAAGGUACGUAGAAGAGGGCAGAAGAUAAUUUGAUAAUUUCACAGGAAUUGCAGAUUGCUUACAGGCUGGUUUUACUUUGUCUUGUUCACAGUAUUUAUUUAUAUGGCGAUCCGAUGAUCCAGAUGACGACCUCGGGGAAUAUUUUCAAGAGAUUUUGGAUCAUUUAAAAUCCCCUCUGCUCCACAGCAUGGAAGCGUUUCUGUUGCCAGAUUCCCAUGAUCGGAUUCGUUCUUUCCGAGAAGCUCUUCGAUCAGGGCCAGGUCUAAUGGUCAAACGCGACCGUGCAAAGGAACUAGACUUCUGGGAAUGGGAGAUUUCUCGCGUUAAAGAUCUCUCAGCUCACAAAAUAUAUCGUGAAAAAAUAGGACUUGCCGACCGAUCAAGGUGGUUGACAGGAUGGGAUACUCGUGGACGUAAACAGCUAGCGCCCACUCUAUGGCCUGAAUUAUUUGACUGUUGGAACAUGCGAAGGCUUGACAUGAUCGACUGCUUUGCGGCAGCUUCGAGUAAGUAGCGUGUCGGAUUACUAUUGAAUUCAUGGGCGCAACACGUGUUCUCAUAGGCACUUUUGUUUCUUCUCGCACGUGCAGUCAGAGAUGCCAUAUCUCGAGAUCCGCUCCAUCAUUCUUUUAGUUGGGAUCUAUCACAAAAUGUUACUAGAACAACCUUCCGGUCGGCAACUGUUGGAGUCAGUGGUUGUGUCACUCCUGGUGGCGAGCUAUUGCUCCCACACAAAGGAAGAAUUGUUAUGGGAUACGAGAAGCUAUUACUACAGGGAAUCCCUUUCUCGAGGCUUCUUCUGGGCCCAGAGACUGAAGUCCAACUUUCUGACCUAGCCGGAAAUGCCAUGUCAGUCUCGGUGGUUAGCGCGACAAUGCUUUCUGCCAUCUGUGCGCCCCAACUUCGAAAACAACGCGUUGAAGUUGGGAAGGCGUUGAUUUCUGAAUUUGCGCUUAGUCAAAAGCACGACUUUGCCAAAGGUGCUGUUUUGAAAGAAAGGGGAGAUUUCUACAAUAAAAAGCACGAUAGCCCAAGGGGCUUCAUCGAGAUAUUUUCUGAGAUUGCAAAGGAUCUUGCGAGUGAUGCAUUCUAUUCCUCGGUACUCUGCACUUGCGAGACAUCAGGGACCAUCAGCAAGGACACAAAAAUUUUACAGUGCCUUAGCUGUGGUAUGAGUAUUUGCCACUCGUGUUCUGAUCGUUAUAAAACUUCUUCGCAUGACCUAACAGAGCUCAAAUUUGCGGGACAAGAAGGUAGACCUGACUCGCACAAAUUCGAGCGAAGAUUGAGGUGCGCUGUUCCUUCCAUCCUGAGGCUAGGAAAAGACUGCGAGGAGUCGCUUGAGCAUGGCGAAGGUCUAGAUUCUUAUAGCUUUCAGCUUCAACAGGUCGAUCGAAAGAAAAAACACUGGCUGCUGACCUACGGAGCCUGGGAAGAUCAUGGUUCUGGAAGACAAGUAGCCGAAAUUCGUGUCAGAAUCGGGAGAAAUAGCUCUCUCGAUAAGUCUUUUGGAAUUUCGGCAUAUAUUCGUUGUUUUGCGCCGGCAAUAAGGAACGAGAACCCUCUUCGCGGCAAGCUAAAAGAUUCUGCCCGUCUCAUCAUGAGUGUGGGUACACAAAAUAGUCGUUGGGAACUUCCACAGAAAAAGUCGACCUCUCAGAUAUGUAUUGUUGGCUCAAAUCCAGUUCAAUCACAAAGAUCUCUAAUUGAACUAAACGACGAUGCUGCCAAAGCGUUGAGAAAUCACAAAAUAAUGAAAAGCUUUUUACCUCCCAUAAGCUCACGGAACCCCUUGACUCAUUACCACAAAUCAUGGAAGACCUGGUACGUACAACAUCUGCUAUGAUCCUGCCAUUAAAACUGCCAUCUUUCCACCAUCCGUCUCCCUAACAAGAUAUUCAUAUUCCUUUGCACUCUUUUUAGGCCUGGAAAGAUUGAAGUUUCGGGUGAUGCUAGCGGUCGCAUCAAUGGAAUCUACUACAAGAUGAAAUGCGAGCAAACAGUUGUCCUUUCUGCCCUUUGGCGCCGAGAAGACAAAGCAAUGUACCUAUAUAUUCGUCCUGAUGUUGUGCGUGCCAAACUCGACACUGCUGUUUUUGCACCUAGUCCCAACUAUGACGAUGGUCUAGAAGUGUGUGAACUUGUGGACUGGAUACCUGAAAAUGCGCUGAACAAAUCUACACACUCAACAAAAGCAAGAUUUCUAGACUGGAUUAAUGCCCCUGAAGAAAUGAAAGUUGAAGUACCACAUCCUAGCAUACAAAUCAUCCAACAGGGCCGUCCUUUCGAGGAUUCUCUUGUCGCUGCUACUUCACAUAGUCACGACUAUCCAGUUUUAUGUGAAUUAGGGGGGUUCUCCUCAGAAGUUAUUCAAUCACUUAUCGAAUACAGCGAGACCACCUCUCCUUGUGAAUCAGAGAUUGAUCUCAUUGGGCGAUCUGGAACGAGGAAUGCAAAACGACUAUCAAUUGUGGCCACUCCGUCACUACUGAAGUUCGCCGCAGAAGGAAAGCUCCCCCUUACUCUAUCAGAAUGGUAUAGUCUUCCUGAUGUACCAAAUCUAGGAACCUGCAAGAACCAUGUUCCACCUCGUCCAAGUGAAAGCUGGAAGAAAAAUUCAGGCGAUACCGGUUUUGUUUUCGAACGAUUCUACAAUGCUGAGGAAUCGAAUGAAUACUACCAUAGACUUUUGAAACGACCCACCGCAUUCAAAGCCAAAGUUAGCCAAACAGACGGAAAACUUGUGUUGAGUAUGAAUCCUUACGUUGCGGUUCAUCGAGCUGCUGCGAUCUUGGGAGGCGAAGCAACCGACUGUAUCGAUAUUGAGUAUUCUCUGAGUGAACUCUCAUCAAUGGGAGAGCCGGAUACAAAAGAUUUUAAGGUACCAAAUUCAGACAGUUAUGUUCCCACGGAAGUCCCUGAAUUAGAACUACCACUUUAUCCAAGACAAGCAAAGGCCCUCACUCGAAUGAUGGAUAUCGAGAGAGGGAAAGUUAAGUUCCCAGAGGAGGAGCGCUCUGAGCACAUUCUACCUGGUGUUGGUUGGUGUUUGAUUGGUAAGGCUUCCAAAAAAUCGCCAUUGCGAGGAGGAGUCCUGGGAGACGCCAUAGGCAGUGGAAAAACAGUAGUAACUAUUGCGUUGAUUCUUAAAGGGGCAAAGGCUGCGCGUUCUAACCGAAAUGCUGCUGAAGGGAGAUCUGGCGCUACACUUAUUGUAGUACCUCCGGGACUUGUAAAACAAUGGGACGAUGAGCGAAAGAAGUUUACGAAGGAUAGGCUCAAAUGUAUCAUAAUUGAUUGUACCAACAAGCUGAAACAAACUUCAGUCGAAGACAUGUGCAACGCUGACAUUGUUAUCGUCCCUGCUGGAAUCAUAGAAGAAAGCAGUGGUAAAACGAGACCAUACACAGAACAUUUGCGGAAGAAGGCAAACGCCGACCCAAUCCCGCCUGCUCCUAGGUCUCAUUCUCAACGGGAAGCUCCAUCUAUCGAAGGCCGCUGGGUGAGGAAUAUGUCAUCUGGCCCCGAAAUUUAUGUUGGGAAUAAGGGCACUCAAAAACACAGAGAUAGCCAAGCCUAUUAUGGGCAUUGCUACGCGGAAGCUAUUUGUAAACUCCGACAGAAAGAGUUUGACAGAAAAGAGCGCGGAGUUCCCCUCGAAUAUUUUGUUUGGGAACGAAUUGUUAUCGAUGAAUGCCAUGAAACGCUUGUAACAAACAAAGGAUACGAGGUCCAAGCUGAAUUUAAGGAAACUGCCAGAAGGGGUGCAAGGGAAUUUCUCGGGUUGUCACAGACAAAUAUUUCGAAGCGACCAAUUGUGGCAGCAUCUGGAGUCUGGGGCCUCACUGGCACUCCAUUAUUGGAAACGGAGGCUCGCGUGACUGAGCUUGCAAAUUUAAUGGGCGGUACUUACUUGACCGGAGCUGCCCACCACUGGCGGAAGGAAGAAAGAGAAUCAGGCCGAGAUCUUUUCCUCAAUCAACAAGAAGGUUUUCACAGCCGAGAAUACCGCUGUGCUGUUCAAGAGGCUUGCCAUUCUUAUAUCAAGGAAGCAUGCCAGCGCAAUCGUGGUGAGAAGCUCGAGGUCAAUCUUAUUCGAGAAGACAUAUGUGUAAACAUGACGAAGAACGAAGGCGAUGCUUUCUUGAAGCAAACCUCAGAAUUUCAAACUCACAAUAGCUUCGCGUUAUCCGUAGAUGAACUGGGUGAAAAGGUUCCCGACGUUCUUGGCAUUACUGCGUCAUCUGUAGCCCGACACAAAGCGUUGACAGAUACUACCGAAGCGAUUCACUCAAAAGAUCCGUGUACAAAAAUAAUCGUCUUUGCUGACACUUCAUACGGCGGGUACUGCAGUGCUUUGACAGCUCUUAAGAAUUCGAAACAACCAUUUUGCCAAGUUGACGAAAAUGAUUCAGUUGAACAGCAAAAUGAAACAAUUUCCUGGUUUCGUCAUGUAGAUGCGACAGACGAAGAUCGCAAGCGACCUCGCAUACUGUUGCUAUCUUUCAGCCAAGCUGCAGGUCAUAACCUUCAAGAAGCUUGCAAGCACGUAAUUUUGUUUGAUCCGGUGUAUUCAGGCACUGAUGCAGUUGCUGACGCAAGUGUCGAAGAGCAAGCCGUAGGAAGGGUAUUUCGUCAGGGUCAAAAAUACGAUGUAACUGUUACUCGUAUUGUUCUGAAAGAUCCAGAGGGUAAACGUUGUUUGGACGACUGGAUUAUGGAACGCAAUUUGGAUGAAAAUGUGUUAGCUGCAGCAACUAGCAAUUUCUAAUGAAAGGUACUAGUACUGCACUAGUACAUCAAUGCUUUGAUACCAAUAAUAGUACUGUUCAUUG